CGAAGUUCGCGGUUCGCAGUUCGCGUUUUACCGACUACCUAGCUAACCGACUAAGGCGGAGGUAAUAAUCUACUUCUACAUAUGCUUUUCAAACUACUACGUAUUAAAAUCAACUACCUAAUAUAGUUGAAUUCAGCUUUUAAAACAAUGGAUCAAUUCAAAACAAAAGUUGAGGCUGAGGCUUGGCUGUCUGAACUGUCUGAUGAUGUUUACAUAUUUUUUGCAAAUAUGAAUUACAGAAUUAUGAAGCAAAAAGUUAGUUCAGAAAAAGAUUUUAAGGAAUUUUUUAAAGAAAAAGAACAGGAAAUUGCGUUAAUUAAUUCAUUAAAGGAACGAGAAAAAAGUUCUCUAAAUGAUGAUAUCAACAAUAAACAGCACAUCAUAGAUAAUUUGCAAUCGCAGCUAAAAAAUAACCAAACACAAAUAUUAGAUUUAAGAAAAACAAUAAAUGAACAAGAAGAUGAAUAUAAAAAAAGAGUUGAUGCUAAAGAAAAAUACAUUCAAGAGUGAAUCAAUAAGCAAGAUGAAAUAGCUGAAGCUAAAUUUGAUAAGAUACGCAGGGAAUCGGAUAAUAAUAUUUUAUCCUUAAAAAAUCAAAUCAAUGAAAAAGAGAAAGAAAUUAGUUCACUUCACGAACUCAAAAAUCAGUUAAUUGAAAAAAUACCAAAUCAUAGGGCGAGUCAAAAAUCAGUUGAGCUAGGUAUUGCUGGGGAGACAUUUGUUGAAAAUCUGUUAAAUAAUGACAAUUUUUUCCAAAUUCGGAAUGUUUCACAAAUUAAUAAUAAAGGAGACUUUUCUGUAAAUAUUCGAAAUAGCAGUUUUACAGGCAUGCUUGAAGUCAAAAAUCUGAACAUCAAUGCUCCAGUUGCAAAAAAAGAAAGAGAGAGAUUUAUCAAUGACUUGAAUAUUAACAACGAGUACAACUAUGCUAUUCUUAUUUCUUUAAAUGGAGGGUUUUCAGAAGCCUGUGAAGAGUCAAAGAUUUUUUCCACCACAAAUGAUAAGUUAUACUGCUUCAUUGGAAAUUUGGCUAAAAAAGACCUUCCAGACAUAUUUCUAAAGAAUGUUUUGCUUGCGUUAGACAUUGCCAUGGAAAAAAUUGGCGCACAAGGGUCUGACAAACAAGAGCUAAUUAAGUUACUCGAAACGGCAGUUAAAAACGUAAAAAAAAACGUUGAUUCUGCUGCAAACUUGAAAAAUCAAGCAAAAUCACUCUCAGAUGCAAGUCUCAAAUUUUUUAAUGAUAUUAAUUCGGAGCAAGAAGAACUUUUCGAAAAGUUUUUACAGCUUAAAAGCGACAAAAGUUUUUCCGAGGUCUCCAGAAAUGGGGAAGAAAAUGAUCAACCAAACCCUAAGAAGAUUAAACACUAAAAAAAU